UUGAAGAAACGAAGAUGGACAACCUAAAAGUACCACCUAGUUUGAUAAAGAACAACAACAAUAAUAAUAACGAAGGAAGAAGAAGACUUUACUCAAUGUCUUGUUUGAACGAUCGUCCCAAUGGAGAAGAUCCUUUGUCCGUGAGAUUGGCUUCAACCUACAGGUCAGCAAGAUAUGGACACGUUACCGAUUAUUGUCCUGAACAAAUCGUGGUAGUCGAUGAAGAUUUAACAACCAAUUCCACGAUUAAACACGUCGAGAUCGACGCAGGUGAACCACCGCCAGCAGAUGAGUCUCUUUUCUUCGAUAAUUUGGAAGCUUUGAGGAACGUAUUACGCGUAGAUGGUAGCAAUAUCAGAUCAAUCCUUUGGUCCAUCUUAGGUAUGACCGAGAUCAAAUUGUUGUUGGAAAUGGAAAAGAGUGGUAUUGUGCCACCGGAAAUUUCAUUAACUGAAAAUUUGAAAAACCUUGCUUAUAUUUGGGCAUGUCAUCGUGCCCUUUCUCAUCUAUUACCUAAACUCGAAGAAUUAGGCGCUGAUAUUAAUUACAUCGAGCCGUGUACUGGAAUGAACGCUAUACUCACUGCUUCCUUGAGUGGUAACGUCUCCUGUUUAGAACAUCUUAUCGGGAAAGGUGUCGAUGUUAAUAGUGAAAAUCCAACUAAUCAUUACACCUGUCUACACUUUGCGGCUGCUGGAAAAUCAAGAGAAACUACCAUUUUACUUUUAGACAACGGUGCCAAAUUAAAUACAUGUGCUUAUGGGGAAAUAGUCGAACCAGUACUUCACUGUGCCAUUCGAACAAGAGCAAUAGACGUGGUUAAGGUGCUCCUGGAACGCGGUGCUAGCGUUGUUGAAAAGAACCAUCUUGGAGAGACUCCACUUCAUGUUGCUUGCUUCGUACAAUCGAUACCCUGUGUCGAACUUUUACUGACUGUACCAGGUAGUAACAUUAAUGCUGUUGAUCGUACGCACAGGACGCCAUUACAUUUUGCCGUUAUGAGUACAGAUUCUUCGGCAGUAUUGGUCGAACUUUUAUUGAAGCAUGGUGCCUUAGUCAAUGCGGCCGAUCGAACAGGAUUCACUCCACUUCAUAUAGCCGCUUUGAACGAACAGUCUCAUUGCGUGGAUACUUUGAUUUGGGCAGGAGCUGACGUCAGUGCUACCACCAGUGCAGGAUUAUCAGCUUUGAACAUUAUACUGAGAAAAAUACCUGAGUCUCUUCAAGUUUUUCGAGAAAGACUCGAUGCUUCUAUCAGACUUAGACGGCCGGUACCACACAACAGAGAGUUUGAAAUGAGAUUACACUUUGACCUACUCUUUCCGAGCAACAAUCAAUGCGAAACCAGUUUCAUCAAUACUUUCGUACAAGAACGUCGCAAGGAUCUACUAUCUCAUCCAUUAGUCAUGGCUUUUCUUCAUCUCAAAUGGGAAAAGAUAAGAAAGUUUUAUUUGAUGAGGAUCUUUCUUUAUGCCAUGACGGUUAUCUGCAUGACUACUUACGUUCUAACAGCACUCGCAUACAAAUGUUAUAAUCACGAUGAUUAUCCAAGUUCGAAAAUCUGCAACAGUAAAAGAAUAUCAGGCUUUCUAUUCAGAAGACCAGUCAUCGAGAUCGAGUGGUACCUUUGUCUCGUGUUGACCUGUGUAACAAUACCUAGAAAGAUAUUUGGUUUUAUGGUUUAUAAAUCGGUGAAACAAUAUUUCUCGAACAUAGAUAACGUACUCGAUGGUAUUGUUAUAGUAAGCGUUUUUGUAACAUCAUUCGUUUACACGGGAAAGACAUACGAUUGGCAAAAUUACGUGGGUGCAUUCGCAAUACUUUGUGCCUGGACAAAUCUAAUGUUGAUGGUCGGACAAUUACCUGCUUUUGGAACAUACGUUGCCAUGUUCACUCAUAUACAAUUUGAAUUUGCUAAACUUUUAUUAGCUUAUUCAGGAUUAUUAAUAGGAUUCACCAUUAGCUUUUGCGUUAUUUUCGUUGGGGAGCCAGCUUUUGGUAAUCCUUUUACCGGACUUAUCAAAGUCCUAGCAAUGAUGGCUGGCGAGCUAGACUUUGAGGGUCUUAUUAAUCAAGCGGAUGCCGACGGUCCUUUCGUAAUAUAUCAUCCACUGUCAGUCUGUUCUCAAAUUCUCUUCACUCUCUUCAUCGUUUUCGUAACGGUAAUAUUAAUGAACUUAUUAGUCGGCAUCGCCGUACAUGAUAUUAAUGGUUUGAGAAAUCAUGCAGGACUUACCAAAUUGGUACGUCAAACUAAAUUAAUUCUUUUUACUGAAAUGGUACUGCACAAUGCGUCCAUACCAUACACAUUUCGAAAAUGGAUGACCAAUCAUAAAAUAGACGUGGAAAAUCGUAAACACGUUCUCGUUGUAAAACCAUUAAAUCCUUUGGAAAAACGUUUGCCCAAGGAUAUAUUAAAGGCUGCUUAUGAGAUCGCACAAAAGAAUAUGCCAUAUAUCAAUGAUGACAAUAUUAGUCUUAGCGACCAUGUAACUUGGAUGAAGCAACAAAGUGAAGAAUCUUCCGAGUCUGGCUUGAGAUUGGCUAUUGAAAAAUUAUCAACAAGAUUGAAUGCUAAUGAAGAAACCAUAAAGUCACUUAAAACACAAUUGUUACAUACUAACGAUAUGUUGGAGGAUAUUGUUAAUCGUCUUGCCAAGAACAAAAGUAUAUGAGUUAGGCAAAGUGUCCGUGAAUAUGAACACAUAAUUACAUAAAUUAUACAUAUGUAUGUAUGUAUGUAUCUAUGGAUUAUUGUCAUAUCUAUUUGCCUCUUUUAUUAAUAGACAAAUUAAACAAAAACUCACUUAAUGUAUUAUAAAGACUGAUAUAUAGGGAACCGAUUCUCAAGAUGAUUGAGAAUA